AUGGUGAAUGCAAAUCAGAUGGAUUGGUCCAAGAAGCUUGAUGAUGCGUUAUGGGCAUAUAGGACGGCCUACAAGACACCUAUUGGAAUGCCUCUAUACCGGUUAGUGCUCGGGAAAGCUUGUCAUCUCUCAAUGGAACUAGAGCACAAGGCAAUGUGGGCCUUCAAUAAAUUGAAUCUUGAUUGGGAUGUAGCGGCUAACUUGGGGGUUGCACACUUGAAUGAAUUGGAUGAGUUCAAGGUGCCGUUGAGGAUGUCUCACGGGAAGCUUAAGUCCAAGUGGAGUGGUCCGUUUGAAAUUGUUGGUGUGACACCCUUCGAUGCAUUGGAUUUGAAGAACAAGAAAAAUGGAAUAUUCCGAGUCAAUGAUCACCAGUGUGCUGCAGGGAUGAUUGUAGAUGAAACAAUGGAGGAGAGGGUUGUGUGGCCGCAGACAAAUAUUGCUACCGCAGAAGACGUUGUGCGGCCGUAG